UCAUGGCGGAUGAAGUUGAGCAGCAACCGUCCACCAACACUGUCGAGGAGCCGCUCGAUCUGAUCAGACUCAGUCUAGACGAGAGGAUCUACGUCAAGAUGAGGAACGACAGAGAGCUCCGUGGCAGACUGCAUGCCUACGAUCAGCAUCUGAACAUGAUCCUGGGUGACGUGGAGGAGACGGUGACGACGGUGGAGAUUGACGAGGAGACUUAUGAAGAACUUUACAAGUCGACCAAGAGGAACAUCCCCAUGCUGUUCGUCAGAGGAGACGGCGUCGUCCUCGUGGCUCCGCCCCUCAGGGUGGGCUAACCCAACGGACCGCUUCCUGGCGCGUGAAGGAGCGUUUGUGACAGCAGGGACGUUUCUAUAACUGUGAGGGAGAGGAGCGGUGCUGUCAGGACAGGCUAAAAGCAGAGGGAGGAAGAUUAAAAACAUCUUCAGCUCCCUCGGGUCACCUUCCUCUUACUUUUUACAUUAAUGACUCGAAGGUCAGGAAGCCUCACAAUUUCUCAACUCCCUUUCGUGGGCCUGCAGGUGUUUCGUGUUUUGAGUAAAUAAAAAAAGAAAAGAAGACUUUUGUUUUGGAUGAAGAGGGCCUGCAGCUUUUUUUUUUAAAUCUUCAUUUGAGCAGUUAUUGGAUUGUUUUUUGGAUUGUGGGUGAUUUCAGGACACUGUUUUAAGGAUAUCUCUUUUCAUUUUGCUCAGCACUGCAUUUAAUAAAUCCCCACAGUUUUAGUUAAGCCAGAAAAAAACAAAAAACCUAAAAAUGUAAUCACCUCUAGAGGAUUUAGUUGCCUCUUAAUCUCAGUGUCUGUUUGUACCAGACCUCGCUACAAACGGCUCUCCAUGGUUCAGAUUUGUGUGUGUAAACUUGUUUUGACCUGAACUGAGUGUGUUUAAGAAGUACCGCCAGAGGAAAAAUGUCUGAAGUGAAACUUGUUGAUUCAAAGCAAAAGUCUUUUAGUUUCUCUCCAUGAUCCCAAAACUCAUGAUCUGUGAAUAUUUGGCGAGUUAUUAAAGUUUCUGUUGGAUGAUUAUAGUUUUUUUUCUUUUUUUUAUAUACAUAUUUUUGUAGUGUUUAUAAGUGAGUGUGGGAUCAUGUUAUGCUCAUUUGUCUCCAUUUUAUUUGGUAAACUUUAAUAAAAAAAAAGAAAAAGGUGUU